CACAUUUUAAAGGAAUGAACUUCAAGGCAGACUGAACCUAUAAAGUUGUGUCUGCAAAGGGUGUUUGUAAUGUCUCGUCCCUUUUUUUUUUGGUCACUGAUUUUAUUGAACAUGUGACUGAAUAAGACCCUCACAUGGCUGCUGUGGCUGCGUUAUCCGCUUUACUUUUUUAAAGUCCGGCGAUCGUCAGCUCCCUCGGCAGCGACCAUUCGAAACAGGAGACCGCUGAAAAACACGGCGCCUACCCGGACAGAUCAUGGCGAACAGCGGGCAGAAAGUUGUGCUGAUCACCGGCUGCUCCUCCGGCAUCGGGUUACGAAUCGCCGUCAUGCUGGCCAAAGAUGAAAAGAAGCGCUACCAUGUCAUCGCCACCAUGCGAGACUUGAAGAAGAAGGACAAGCUUGUCGAAGCCGCGGGCGACGCGUAUGAUAAGACACUGACGCUGCUUCCUCUGGACGUGUGCAGCGAUGAGUCUGUGAAGCAGUGCAUCAACAAUGUAAAGGACCGUCAUAUCGAUAUCCUCAUCAACAACGCAGGCGUGGGCCUGCUCGGGCCUGUGGAAAGCAUCAGCAUAGAGGACAUGAAGCGGGUGUUCGAGACCAACUUCUUCGGCGUGGUUCGCAUGAUCAAAGAGGUGAUGCCCGACAUGAAGAAGAGGCGUUCGGGACACAUCGUGGUCAUGAGCAGCGUUAUGGGCCUUCAGGGGGUGGUGUUCAAUGACGUUUACACAGCUUCCAAGUUCGCCAUGGAAGGAUUCUGUGAGAGCAUGGCUGUGCAGCUGAUGAAGUUCAAUGUCAGGUUGUCAAUGAUUGAGCCUGGCCCGGUACACACCGAGUUCGAGACCAAGAUGAUGGCGGACGUGGCAAAGAUGGAGUAUCCGGGAGCAGACGCCGACACAGUCCGCUAUUUUAAAGACGUGUACCUGCCGUCAUCUAUAGAUAUUUUUGAGAGCAUGGGCCAGACGCCAGAGGACAUAGCCAAAUGCACCAAGAAGGUUAUUGAGUCGAGCAGCCCUCGCUUUAGGAAUCUGACCAACAGCCUCUACACACCCAUUGUUGCCUUAAAGUAUGCCGAUGAGACGGGCGGCCUGUCGGUCAACACCUUCUACAACCUGCUCUUCAAUUUCGGCCCUCUCAUGCACAUAACUAUGAGCAUCCUCAAGUGUCUGACAUGCAGCUGCCUGCGCAGACGUACGAUCUCGCCCAACUGAAGAGGCAGUCCAGUGCUGCAGAGUCUGCAGGCACCUCCCGAGGUUCGGCAUUAAGCAGGUAGAUUAAAACCAAUAACCUGGAGAGGGAGAGAGAGAAGGUGCCUUGUAGUUAAGGCGCGACCAUGAUAAGCUUUGCCAGACAACAUGCUCAAUUGCACACGUUUGUCACAGAGAUGUUGCGUGCAGGACGACCUCAUAGUAACAUGCAUUCACAAAGACGCUCACAUUGGAUUAGUGUACAUGUGUAAAGAUGCAGCCGUGCAUCUGCUCACAUGUGGUGUGAACGGUUGGACGUCUGUUGACUGGAAAGGCGUCUGCGUCCUGUGGACAGACAACAAAGCACAAAAAUGAACUUAGUUCCAGAGAGAAACAUGAAAAUGACAUAGAAAUAACCAAGAUGGGAUGUGUAGCCUAGAUAACACUUCACUCAGGCUCACUAGAGUUUUAUUAUGGAAGAAGUCAGCAAAGAUAUUGUUUUAUUGUGUUUUAAUUUCAUGUUUCCUUUAACAUAGUGUUCUCAUGGUCAUAACUGCUGUGGAAUCGUAUUUUGAUUAACUGAAUGUUUUCGCUUUGGAAAUGUCUGUGAAGGGGGUUUUGUCAGGUGUUUUAAAAUCAUGACUUGAUUGAGAAAUAAAUAGAAUUUUGUUGUA